UUGGCAGCUGUAGUAAAGAUGCAAUAUGCUUUACCAUCUACUUUACAACUUAAACCACGAGGACGCCGAUUGACCCAGAUACUAGUGUUCCAAUUGUGGUGCCACAUAGCAGUAGCAACACAAUCGGAUGACGAAUUCUACUAUGGGGAUUUCCCUGAAGAUUUCAUCUGGUCCAGCGCCACAUCCUCCUAUCAGAUCGAGGGAGGCUGGAAUGCAAGUGGGAAAGGGGUGAACAUCUGGGACACAUUCUGCCAUUCCUAUAAUGGGAAGGUCGAGGGAAAUGCCACUGGAGACAUCGCAUGUGAUUCUUUCAACAACUGGAGACAAGACGUUGAGAUGCUGAAAUUCUUAGGGGUUCAAUUCUACAGAUUUUCCAUAUCAUGGGCAAGGAUCUUCCCUGAUGGGACCAACGCUACCAUCAACGAGGCUGGGAUAAAAUACUAUAGUGACCUCAUCGACGCUCUCAUCGCGGCCAACAUUAAACCAUUCGUCACCCUUUAUCACUGGGAUCUUCCCCAGACGCUUCAGGAUUUUGGAGGUUGGGAGAACGAGACUAUGAUUGAGUACUUUAACCAGUAUGCCAUUAUCUGUUUCCAACGAUAUGGUGAUAGGGUCAAACAUUGGCUGACUUUUAACGAGCCGUGGGUCGUAGCAUGGCAAGGCUACGGAGAAGGAAGCUUUGCCCCUGGAAUAGUCAGUCCCGGUGUAGCUGUGUACAAAGCUGGGCAUACUAUGAUCAAAGCACAUGCUAAAGCCUACCACACUUAUAAUGACACAUUCAGAGCAUCACAGAAAGGCGUUAUAUCUAUAACUUUGAACACCGACUUCAAAUCUCCUAAAAAUACAAGCAAUCCAUUGGACGUGGCUGCUGGCGAAAGAUGUCUUCAAUUUUCCAUAGGAUGGUUUGCCCAUGCCAUCUUUAAAAACGGCGACUAUCCAGAAAUUAUGAAGGAACAAGUGCGCAGUAAAAGUUUAGCUCAAGGCUAUAAUGCUUCCAGACUUCCUGUCUUUACAGAAGCUGACCAAGCGUAUAUUAAAGGUACCCAUGACUUCUUCGGGUUGAAUACAUACACCACCCAAGCUGUAGAACACUAUGUGGACCCCAAUAGUGCUACAAAUACUCCAAGCUAUAUGGACGACCAGGACAGGAAAGAAAGUUUUGAUCCUAGUUGGCCUACUUCCGGUGCCAGUUGGCUACGCAUGGUGCCCUGGGGAAUACGUCGUCUGCUGAACUGGCUGAAGAAUGAGUACAAUGACCCCGAGAUCUUCAUUACUGAGAAUGGCAUCUCAGAUAGGAACGCUACCUCUGUUUUGUUACAAGACUCAUGGAGAGUGAAUUUCUACAACCAAUACAUUAACAACGUUCUCAAAGCGAUUAGAAAAGAUAAUGUGAACGUGCGAGCAUAUACAGCAUGGUCGUUAAUGGACAACUUCGAAUGGGGUAGGGGCUACGAGGAACACUAUGGUCUUUACUAUGUGGACAUGUCCGAUCCAAAGCGACCAAGAACAGCAAAGGAUUCAGCAAAAUGGUACAAAAAGAUGAUCGCAGAUAAUGGAUUCAAGAAGAACUCUUCUGGGGCGAAAAUUAAUACAGGGACUCUAUUCAACGUAAUUGCACUCUCUGUCAUAGCUACGCUUGCAGCUUCAAAGUAAAACUUUGUACGGGACUUGCAGUUAGGGGCUGUCAGAGGCUUACUGCAAAACAUUUAAUUUAGACGAAAACUAUAGCAUACUGUUUAUUUAUCUGAUGCGUAUCAAGUACAAAUAAUUUAACCAAACCAACUACCAAGAAACUGUUUGCAAAUGGAAUGACCUUAUAGUAUACAGAAAAACGUGCUAGUGAUCGUUUGCAAGAGGUUUCACCAAAGGAUGAUUGUAUAGUGGUACUAAAAAGGGAUCGAAUCACUCAUUUCACGACACAGCACGGUACGUACCACGAUACCAUGCGUACUUGGUCCAUGCAGUGUGUCUAGUGGGAGAGAGCCUUUUUUAGCUCAAAGUGUGACUCGUAUGUGAAGUAAAAGAAACCCAAAUAUCAGACUUUGGUAUUGA